AUGGCAGUUUACAAACAGCACAGCGACCAACGAUCGCUUUGGGCUUCAUCUCCGUCCUCAGCUGUCGACUCCGCCUCUCGGAUCACUCUCGACCGCGCGGGUGCCUGGACGGCCGCACAUCAUCUGCAGGACGCCUCGCCCAUCGGGCGAAGAUCGGCCGCGCGCUCAACACCGUCCCGAACGGUCUGGAACGCUGAUGCCAAGUAUUUUUCGAUAUCUAAGAGCAAGAACCCAGUGCCGCGCAAAUAUGAUCGUCAAGACACGUCGCCAAGCCCAAGCUAUCUAUCAGGAGGGAGCCUCCCGGCCACAGCCGUUCAAGAAAUGUCACGCCACGCAGGUUCCCUUGCGGCACCUAUCCCUGGCGUGUCCAUUUUUCGGGAUCUUGGCACCCGUAAGAGGCUGGCUGUGUUUUCAGGUCCCAAGCUGUCGGAGGCGAGACCCGACAGUUCUUCCCGCCCGCCCGCGCCCCCCCAAAAUUGUGGUGUUUCGGGCGGCAGGUGCAAGGGAUGGGGAGCUGGCCACGGAAAUGUGAUAUCAUGA